AUGAGCCCAACUGAAGCUCAUCAGAACACCGGGAUCAUCCGGGUACUUCUCCAUUUCCAAUGGAAGUGGGUCGGGCUUCUUGCUGUGGAUGAUGACAGUGGAGAAAAUUUUGUGGAAGUCCUGGAGCCACUGCUUUCCCAAAAUGGAAUCUGUUUGGCUUUGAUACAGAAAAUGCCUACCAAACAAAACUGGAAUGACCUCGAUAAUCUCGCUGAUAUGUUUUUAAGUACAUAUUUACCUUUUAGAGGCUGCAAAGCCAAUGCAUUUAUCUUCUAUGGAGAUUCCAUGGCACUUAUAGCAGGCAUUCUUAUAUUUCUAGUCAACCCCAGCUAUCUUGAAAAUGCAUCAUUGAGAAAAGUGUGGAUUAUGACACCUCAAAUUGAUUUUGCACUAACAGGCCUUCAGAGGGCCUGGGAUUUCCAGUUCUUCCAUGGAACCAUUUCCUUCACAAUUCCCUCAAAUGAUCCUCGGGGCUUCCAGAACUUUCUUCAAGACAUAAAACCUUACCAAGAACAAGGAAAUGGCUUUCUCAAGGAAUUCUGGGAGCAAGCGUUUGACUGUUUCUAUCCAAAUCCCCAGAAGCCAGUGGAUGUCAAUGAAAUCUGUACUGGGGAGGAGAGGUUAGACAGCCUUCCUGAGUCACUGUUUGAAAUGUGCAUGACUGGCCACAGCUACAGCAUCUACAAUGCAGUCUAUGCCGUAGCACAUUCUAUUCAUGCCCUGUACUCAUCCAGAUGCAAUCACAGGGCAAUAGGUGUUGGUCAAAGAAAAGGACUUCAAGGUCUGCAGCCAUGGCAGGUUCACCCCUUUCUACAAGGCAUUACAUUUAACAACUCAGCUGGAGAAAGAUUGUCUUUUAAUGAUAAAAGAGAAGUGGGAGGUGGAUUUGAUAUAAUGAACCUGGUCACAUUCUCAAACCAGUCCUUCCAUAGAGUGAAAAUUGGAAGGGUAAACCCCAAGGCUCCUGAAGGAGAAGAGUUUAUCAUUCAUGACAAUAUCAUUGUAUGGCAAACAUUUUUCAACCAGGCACUGCCCCAUUCUGUGUGCAAUGAUUACUGCAAGCCCGGCUAUCAUAAGAAAAAGAAGGAAGGGGAGAAAUUUUGCUGCUACAAUUGUGCUCCUUGCCCAGAAGGGAAGAUUUCAAGCCAAAAGGACAUGGAUGAUUGCAUCAAAUGUAAAAAGCACCAGUAUCCAACCAAGGAUCAAGAUGGAUGCAUUCCAAAGAGAAUAAGCUUCCUGAGUUUUGAACAACCUUUAGGAAUUAGUUUGGCUUCUAUAGCUGUUUCUUUAGCUCUGAUUACAACCAUAGUGUUGGGAAUUUUCAUUAAACACAAAGACACCCCCAUCGUCAAAGCCAACAACCGGGACAUCACCUACCUCCUUCUCAUCACUCUACUGCUCUGCUUCCUCUCUUCUUUUCUAUUCCUUGGCCAACCAACGAAGCUGACCUGCUUCCUCCGACAAUCUGCUUUCAGCAUCAUCUUCUCAGUGGCUGUUUCUUGUGUGUUGGCCAAAACCAUCACUGUGGUUGUAGCUUUCAUGGCCACCUUACCUGGGUCCAGCAUGAGGAAGUGGGUGGGGAAAAGACUGACCAACUCCGUUGUCCUUUCCUGCUCUCUUAUUCAAGUAGCAAUUUGUAUGUUAUGGCUUGGAACUUCUCUUCCUUUCCCAGAUUUUGACAUGUUUUCUUUAACUGAUGAGAUUGUAGCAGAAUGUAACGAAGGGUCUGUUUUUAUGUUUUACAUUGUUCUUGGCUAUAUGGGACUUCUUUCCCUCAUCAGCUUGACUGUGGCUUUCCUAGCCAGGAAGUUGCCAGAUACUUUUAAUGAAGCCAUGUUCAUCACCUUCAGCAUGCUGAUCUUUUGCAGUGUUUGGUUGUCUUUUGUUCCAACCUACCUGGGCACCAAAGGGAAAUCCAUGAUAGCUGUGGAGAUCUUCUCUAUUCUGGCCUCUGCUGCAGGGUUACUGGGCUGUAUCUUUACCCCAAAAUGCUAUGUGAUUGUGGUGAGACCUGAGCUGAACAGGAGAGAGGAACUGUUUAGGAAAAAAAAAUAA